AUGGCGGCGAGCUCGACGCAAGCUGCAGCAAGCACAAGCUCGACCGCGGCUGGAACAGAUGAGAAGGCAUUCGCUGCCGAUCCACGCAUUCACUGGGACACGCAAACGAACAAAUGGAUUUUCGAGACUGAAGAUCAAGAGCUCGAGUGGGAUGCUACCCGUCAAGCCUGGCAACCUGUCGUGACGGUCGAUGCAGUGGCCGAACAGACCUGGCAGAGCGCCUACUCUGUCGAAGGUGUGGACGAAAGCGUGCCCGCCGGACCUGUGCUCGAACGAGAAGCGAAGAAGAACAAGAAGAAGCGUAAAAAGCACAAGAAGGCUUCGGCCUACCAUUCUGAGUCUUCCGGAAGCGACGGCGACGAGGAGACAAACGGCAAGAGGCGCAAGGACGACAAACCACGCGCGUCUAGGAACACUGCCGUCUAUGUGACCCAUCUACCACCAGAUGCGACCGUGGAAGAGAUGAAGGGCGUCUUCUCGAAAGCCGGACUGAUACUCGAAGAUCAAGACGGUGAACCAAAAAUCAGGAUAUACAAGAAUGAGGACGGCACGCCGAAGGGCGAAGCGCUGGUCGUCUACCUCAACGAAGCAAGCGUCAUGCUCGCAGAAACCCUGCUAGAUGAUACCGAACUCAGGUUAGGGAGCAAUGAAGGCCGUAUGAGAGUUGCCAAAGCGGAUUUCUCAAAGUCUGCAAAUAGCAACAAUGCCAACGACCAGUCCGAGGGGAGCAAAAAGAGCGAACAAGACAAGGCAAAGCAGAAGAAGCGCGCAGAGAGAUUACGGAGCAAACUGACAGAUUGGAGCUCUGACGACGAUACGCUCACAGCCCAGACCAAGGCGCCGACUGCCAAAGCGACGAGAUUUGCCCGCAUUGUCGUGCUGUAUCACAUGUUCACUCUGACAGAACUCGAAGAAGAUCCGACUCUGUUGCUCGAGCUGAAGGAAGAAGUGCUCGAGGAAUGCGAGGAGACGAUCGGCAAAGUCAACGCUAUCACACUCUACGAUAAAGAGGCAGACGGCGUCAUUACCAUCAAAUUUGCAGAUGCUAUCGCUGCUCAGGCAUGCGUCCUGAAGAUGAACGGGCGCUUCUUUGCAGGACGACAGAUCGAGGCAAGCAUCUUUGAUGGGAAGAAACGGUUCAGAAAGACGGGCGAUCGUGCGACGGACAGUGACCUGGCCAAGGAAGCCACUGCUGUGGCGGGUACCGAAGAGGAAGAGCGAGAGCGUUUGGACAAGUUUGCAGAAUGGCUCGAGCAGGAAGGAUCAUAG